AUGAAGUCGAUCACGGCGCUUAUUGUGUUGACGCUAACGCUCCUGGCGCUUGGCAGCCAAGGCAAGCAUGUCGAGUCCAAGGUGGCUGACAAGGAUUUCCUGGUGAAGCAGAAGUUCGUCUUCGAGAUGCUGCAGCAUAUCUAUCAGGAUGAUGUCUUCGUGACGAAGUACGAUACCAGCUUCUAUGAAUACAAGCCCUGGGAACAUGUCAGCGACUAUCAUAAGGCUGAGAAGCUGCAGCAUUUCUUUGAGCUCUGGCAGCAUCAUCCGUUCGGCGACGAUCACAUGUGGACCAUCAUGUACGACCUGCAUGAGGAAUAUGCCGUUGGUCUGGUGCGUCUCUUCUUCUACGCCAAAAACUGGGAGACCUUCCAGCAUGUCGUCUUCUGGGCCCGCCAGCAUGUGAACAAGCAGCUCUUCGUCUAUGCCUUCACCAUUGCCAGCCUGUUCCGCGACGAUAUGCAGGGCAUUGUGUUCCCGGCUCAAUAUGAGAUUCAUCCCUGGAGCUUCUUUGACGGGGAGACCCUCGAGAUGGCUGAGCACUACAAGAUGCACGGCUUCCAUCACGUCAAGCAGCUGAACAAUGUCUACAAUGUGGUGCUCAAGUCGAACUACACGAACUUCUAUGGCGACAUGAACUAUGAACACAGUCUGGCCUACUACUUGGAGGACAUUGGCUUCAACAGCUUCUACUACUACUUCAACCUGGACUAUCCCUACUGGACCAAGGGCGAUGAGGUGCAUGUCUUGAACAAGGAUCGUCGCGGUGAGCUGUAUCUCUAUGUGCACUGGCAGCUAUUGGCGCGCUACUACAUGGAGCGUCUGUCCAACGAUAUGGGUGAGGUGCCCGAGUUCAACAUGUACGAACCUGUGCACGCUGGCUUCUACAGCGGCAUACGCGACUACAACGGCGUACCCUAUCCCAGUCGCCCCAACUACUACAACUUCUACACGCCCGACAACCUGGAGUAUGUGAAGAACGUGGAGCUGUACUCGCAGCGCAUCAUGGACUGGAUUCACAAGAACAACAGAUGCGAUGUCGAUGCCGUCAAUAUACUCGGCAAUAUGCUGCAGGGCAAUGCUGACAGCAUUGACAAACAGUUCUAUGGCAGCCUGGACAAGUGGUUCCGCUACAUUGUGAACGAGGGACAGCCGCACGGUAAGUACCACGAAACGUACCCCGGCAGCUUCAUGCACUACGACACCUCCUUGCGCGAUCCGCUGUUCUACGAGGUGUACAAGAACCUGCUCAGCCACUACUGGCAUAUGAUGGACACCUUCCCCGAGUACACCAAGGUUGACUAUGGCUUCGAGGGUGUUAAAAUUGACGAUGUCCACAUGCCCGAGAGUUUGACCACCUACUUCGAGUACUUCGAUGCCGAUAUUAGCAAUGCCGUGAAUGUUGAGCACUCCGCGGUGCCCGCUGGCGAUGUCCACCAUAUGUUUGGCCGCAACUCCUUCUACAAUGGCAGCAGCUUUGUGAUCAAAGCCCGCCAGCAUCGUCUCAACCAUAAGCCCUUCGAGUUCACCAUGGACGUCAGCUCGGACAAGGCACAGGCUGCCGUUGUCAAGGUGUUCAUUGGACCCAAAUACGACGAGUUCGGCCAUGUCAUCCCAUUGGAUCACAACUAUCAGAACUUCUUCGAGCUGGAGCACUUCAAGGUACAGCUGGAAGCUGGCGUCAACCACAUCAAGCGCGCCAGCGGCGACUUCAGUUUCUGGGUGAACGAUCGCACCACCUACUUCGAGCUCUACCAGAAACUGAUGGAUGCCACCAACAGUGACUACAAAUUCAAGCUGGAUCAAUCGGAAUCGCACUGCGGCGUACCCAAUCGCAUGAUGUUGCCCAAGGGCAAGAAGGGCGGUCAGGUCUAUCAGUUCUUCUACAUGGUCUAUCCAUACCAUGAGCCCGUUAUCGCCCAAUACGCUGGCUACGAUCCCGUUGUCAGCUGCGGUAUUGGCCAUGGUUCACGCUAUGUGGAUGCCCUACCCUUCGGCUUCCCCUUCAAUCGCCCAGUCAAGCACGACUACUACUUCAUGGUGGACAACUUCAAGUUCUUCGAUGUGAAGAUCUUCCAUCGCGACGAGCACACCAAUGUGGCCUAAGGCACAACGAACUCAGACUCUGAUGUAACACUUAAAUAUACUUGAAACCUGCACUUGCCUCACUCACAUGUACUCCCAUAGAUCAUGUUCAAUCCGACUUAAUAUUCUUGUCUUACUUACUGCUAAUCAAUAAACAAUAAACGAAUUUAAGCGAACACAAC